UCAUACACGUGCUGUGAGAACUCUUUCCAACACCCAAUUAAUUAAGCAAUUUUUGAGGAGUAGAGUAAAUGUUUUAUGAAGAUUUUAUGAUAUUAAGCAAUUUAUAUUAAUAGCUACAAAUAUAGCUAGUUUGAUAUAGGAAGAAGGAAUUAAUUGUCCUUUUAUAGUAACAUAGAUUAAGACAGAAGAUGGCAUGCAUUCCGCAGCAUGUGCGUGUAUGCAUAAUUGGUGCAGGUGUAGCGGGUCUUAGUGCUGCUCAGAAGCUUAUUCAGGCUGGAGUAAAAGACAUUGUUGUCCUUGAGGCUCAGGAUAGAAUAGGUGGAAGAGUCCACACAAUAGAACAUGGUGAUCAUAUCUUGGAGUUUGGCGCACACUGGAUCCAUGGAGAGGAAGGGAAUGUCGUCUAUGAGUGGGCCUCACAAAACAACCUUGUGGAUGAUGAACCCACUCUUACGCAGACAGGUAUUGGUGAAACAGUAUUUGUCAGAGAAAAUGGAGAAGUUGUACCACCAGAGAUGAUCGAAGCUUUUGAAGUGGCUUUUGCAAAUCUCGAGGAACAGGCAGAGAAGGACUUCCCUUCCUACCCACACUCUGUUGGGCAGUACUAUAAAGAACAAUUCAAGUCACUCAACCAGUGGAGUGUCAUUGGAGAGGAAUUGCUGAACUGGAGGGGAAAUUUUCAGAACUGCAUUGAUGGUACUGAUUCCUGGUACGAUUGUUCAGCAAAAGGACAUACUUGCUACAAGGAAUGCCCUGGAAACAUUGUGGUCAACUGGAAAAAUGGAUAUCGAUCCCUCCUGAACCACCUUAAGGAGGCAUUGCCCAAGUCUUGUCUUCAUUUGAAUUCAGCUGUAAAAACCAUUGACUGGCAUGGAUCUUUGGCUACAUCUACCAGCUGCAAUUUAACAUUAUGGUCCGGCCAGGUAAUAAGAGCAGACCAUGUUGUCUUCACCCCAUCUUUAGCAGUCUUGAAAGCAGUGGCUGAAGAAAUGUUCAACCCUCCAUUACCAAUUGAGAAGUCAAGAGCCAUUGAGGGCUUAGGGAUUGGCGUUGUGGACAAGAUAUUCAUCCAGUUCCCACAGCAAUGGUGGGAGACAGGUUGUGAUGGUUUCAGCUUUUUAUACGACCAGGAAACCCCAGAAACAAUAACAAAGGAGAACUGGGAGUAUGGAAUUUUAGGCUUCUAUGAGGUGUUCAAACAACCCAACAUGCUUUGUGGGUGGAUCACAGGACCAGCAGCUCGUAUGAUGGAGCAAGUCCAUGAAGAGGAAGUGAUGAAGCGUUGUGUUUCCUUCCUGAGGAAACGUUUAGCAUCCAAGUUCCAAAUUCCGGAUGCACUUUGGGGAUCAAGAUCAACAUGGGGUCAGAAUCCUUGGGUAAAAGGGUCUUACAGUUUCCGCAGCAUCAAGUCUGAAGCUAUGAAUGUUUGGGCUGCAGACCUAGCAUCCCCUUUGAUUAAUGCAAAGGAUGUUCCUGUCGUCUGCUUUGCGGGAGAGGCAACCCAUGACUACUUUUAUUCUACGGUUCAUGGUGCUGUCGAAACAGGCAGGAGAGAAGCGGAAAGGUUGAUCCAGUAUUUGUCGAGAAGUCAAGGCAAUCAAGAACCAGCAUUAUCAGCAGCAACCUCUAGUCAGAGAAAAGACAUACCUUCUACAGUACAAAACUCUGUCACAGAGAACUCAUCCCAGAGUGGAGAAAUAAACAGGGCAGUUAAAGAUGUUCCAGUGCACGUGAAAGUGUGCAUAGUAGGUGGAGGAGCAGCUGGACUUGCAGUGGCUCAGAGACUCGCAGAGGCAGGAGAGAAAAGUCUUCUGGUACUCGAAGCCCAGGGAGAGCUAGGGGGAAGGAUACAUACAUUCAGACACGGAGAUCAUUUGAUUGAGUUGGGAGCCCAUUGGAUGCAUGGAGAGGAGAGGAAUGUUGUUGCACAUAUUGCAAAAUCCAUUAAUGAAGCUGAUAAGACUGUAACACUUACACAGACAGGCCUGGGUGACAAUCGCGUGUUCAUGAAAGAGGGAGGGAAAGUCGUUGAUCCUGCCAUUUGGAAAGCCUGUCUGAAUGCCUUGAUCAAGAUUGAGAAAGAGAGUAAAGAUGCCCUUAGGAGGUACCAAGGUUCCUUUGGUGAUUUUCUGUAUGAGCAAUUUCAGAAAGUGAAUAAGUGGGGUGAACUUGGCUAUGACAUCCUAGCCACUUUUGAGAAAUAUCAGAACUUCCACAAUGCCUGUGACUCGUUGGACCAGCUGGGUGCCCGGGGAUUUCUGGAAUACAAAGGGGAAGAAGACCCUGGGAACCCCUUCCUUAACUGGAAAAAGGGAUUCUCUACUUUAAUUGAUUUUCUGAGAGAAAAAGUGCCAACAAGCAAGAUUUGGACCAACUCUCCUGUUGUAAGUGUGGAGUGGGGCACUGUCACACCAUCAUCUCCAAGCUGUUGCAGAAUUAGGUUGGCAUCUGGACGUAUCAUUGAAGCUGACCAUGUGGUGUACACUCCAUCCUUGGGUGUGUUGAAAGCAACACAUCUUCAGACAUUUACACCUCAGUUACCAAUGAAGAAAGCUCAGGCAAUUGAAGGUCUCUGCCUAGGGUUAGUUAACAAGAUCUUCAUAGAAUUCCCAUACCGCUGGUGGCCAAGUGACUGCGAUGGAUUUACACUUGUUCCUGACAUUGAUAUUCGGAGGACACCCAUAACCCCAGAGAAUUGGCACGAGCAUCUCAUGGGAUUCUACAGUACUCACCGACAGCCAAGAAUGAUGUGCAUUUGGGUUGGGGGAGAAUGUGCACGUGCCAUGGAGGUUUUACCUGAAGAGACUGUUGCUAAAAGAUGCAUUUCUGUUCUACGAAAAUACCUUGGGAGGACAUACACUGUCCCUGAUCCAAUAUUUUGUAAAAGGAGUAAAUGGGGAAGUAACAAAUGGACUCGUGGAUCCUACAGCUUUAGAAGUAUCAAGACUGACAGCAUGAACGUAUGGGCAGAGGACCUGUCUGAACCUGUGACCAAUAUUCAUGGCAAACCUCUGCUGUGUUUUGCGGGAGAAGCCACGAGCUCUGAAUUCUUCUCUACAGUCCACGGUGCUGUUGAAAGUGGAUGGCGUGAAGCUGAAAGAAUCUUAAGAUACAUCAACAGCAUGCCCUCUAACCCUUCAGGCAGACAGACGACAACAAGGGAAAAGUACAGUGUCAUCAUAGUGGGAUGUGGAGCCUCUGGCAUUGGGGCUGCAAGAGAGCUAACUGCCAAAGGAAUUCAAUCUGUUCUCAUUCUGGAAGCCAAUGAUCGCGUUGGUGGAAGAGUCAACACCAUCCGAACCCCCCCACAAGGUGUAGUCGAUCUUGGAGCCCAGUGGAUACACGGGGAGGAAGGAAACGUCAUCUACCAGUAUGCAAAGCCAAGAGGACUUAUACAUCACAAACUGUCAGUUGAUGGGAAAGGUGAAUUUUACAUGGAGAGUGGAAAGCUGAUACCAGAAGAUAUAGUGAAAGAGGUGGUGGAUCUGCUCGAUGAAGCUGACAGUGAUUGUCAAGAGUUUGCCCACAAGGGAAUAGCGGCUCCACCUGAGCUGUCAGUUGGGAGGGUUUUCAGGGAGAAGUUCCUGCAGUACAUGAAUGACUCAGAAACGGAACAUCCAGAUCGAAGGAAACUGAAGGAGGCUAUGUAUCAUUGGGUCCUAAGGUGGCAAAGGAUAGAUAAUUCUUGUAACUCAAUAAAAGAAUUGUCGGCAAACUGUUGGGGCAAUUACAUUUUCUGUGAUGGGAAUGAGAACAUGAACCCCAAGGCUGGAUACAUUUCUGUUCUCGGUUCCAUUUUAGAAAAGUCAAGAGCUAAUUUACGUCUGAACUCGGAAGUUUCCAGCAUAAAUUAUGCAACAGAGGUUGUAGUUAAGAAUGGUUCUCUCAUUCGUCCUGAUGGCUGCACAUUGCCUGUGAUUGUGAAAUGCAGAGAUGGCAAAGAGUUUGAGGCAGAGCACGUCAUGGUGACGCCAUCAAUAGGCUACCUGAAAGCCCACCCUAAUCUCUUCUCACCUCCUCUUCCUCAGGGAUUGCAGAAAGCCAUUACAUCCACUGGUUUUGGAACAAUAGACAAGAUCUUUUUGGAGUACGAGCAGCCCUGGUGGCCCGAAGACUGUGAAGGUAUUCAGAUAGUGUGGACCAAAGAUAUUCCAGACUUUGAUAAAGUUAUGCAGAGGUCACAACUGGUUGAUGGCACUGUGGAAGAGAUGAAGCAGUUCUGGGUGCGUGCCAUCUCUGGGUUUGAUCCAGUGUUCAACCAGAAAGCCAUGCUGUGUGGCUGGAUUGGUGGGGCUGAGGCAGAGUACAUGGAGACGCUGUCUGAGAGGGAGGUGGGCGAGGCUUGCACACAGCUGCUAUGCCAUUUCCUUGGAAGGAGUGAUAUCCCAAAUCCCAAAAGAGUAUUCAGAUCGCAGUGGGCAACUGACCCCUUCUUCCGAGGAUCCUACUGCUACCAUAGCCUGGGUUGUGAGUGCCUUAAGGAGGACAAGGAAGAGAACCAUCUGAAUACUCCAGUGUGUGCUGCGACGGGCGAUGGUCGGAAGGUCCCUGUGUUGGUGCUAGCUGGAGAAGCUAAUAGCAAAUGCUACUAUUCUACUGUCCACGGAGCUCUACAGAGUGGUAUGAAACAAAUUUCCCAUUACAUCCAAAGUACCACAAGACUGCACCAGGAUCAGAACCUAUUAAAGAGUAAAAUGUAAUGAAAUUCCACAUCCACAAGUGCAGACAACAGGUAAUAAUUGCAUGGAGAGUAAUUACAGAUUGCAUUUGAGGUAUGGAAUGUCUUUAUUUUCUCUUACUAUUAUUGUUAUUGUUAAUGUUCAAAUUCUGUUGAUUGUAUUUGUAUUAUGGUUUCUUGAAAUUUUAUGAGGAAAAUUUAUAUCCUUGAAUGUUGUUGAAAACUCUUUUAGAUUUAGAAGUUAGUUUAAUAUACUGAAUGCUGUAGACACUAGAGUAAGAAUAGUGGUUUUAUGAUACUUUUAUAAGGGUAUAUGUUAUGUAUCUGUUAAUCAAAUGAAGAUUAUUUUAUAGAAAUUUUCUAGAAUACGUACAAAAUAUUUUUUGUAUAUCAAAGAUGGUUAUUUUCCUAAUUUAACACUAUUGUGUAGCACUAAUAUACAAGUGUCAGUAACUAGAUUGUUUAUAUAAAUAUAUAUAUAUAUAUUUAUAUUAUACAUAUUCUUUCAAGAAGACAUGUUAUUGUUAUUAUGGAGAUAUGUACGAGACAGUGCAGGGGAGGUUGUUGAGUAACGAUGGUGCCUGUUUCUUUCCUAUGUUUUCUAAAGAAGCUUUAGUUCAAGGGUUAAAGUAUUAGAUUUAGUAGGAAAUUCUAUUUCUCCAAGUAGAAUACAACAUGAGUGUUUCAUAUUUGUUUGUGCCACAUUUUCAUGAAAAGGGACAUAGUGUAAAGAUAUUAGUAUUUAGUUUUGAUAUAAAACAAUAUAUAUAUAUAUAAUGUUAUCUGAAAUUAAAGAGUUGUGUGUCUGUUUUGUGCCAUAUUUUUAGAAGAGGUGUAUUUAGUUUUUUAUAAUUUGAUACAUCAUGGAUUGAUAUCACUGUAGAAAGCUCAUUUCCUUUUCCAAAGUACUUGAAAAAACUGUUACAAGAAAUAUAUGUGAGAAAUCACUUUCCAUUUUGCCUCAGAGUUAAAAAAAAAAUAAUAAUAAUUCAGUAGUGUAUAUAACCCAACGCGCACAGGCUUUUUUUGGCAGCUGUGCAGUCCGCCAAACAGGCUGCCUCUGUAGGGAUGCCACCCCGGGUUAAUAAAUAUUUUCUGCUGAUAAUGUGUUUCAUUACCAGAAGCUAAAGUAGGUCUGAGUUUUGUUACAAAUGAAAGGGAAAAAAUUCACUGAAAAGUACUUGCUUUAAUUACAAGCUUACAUAAUCAAUAUACAAGAUUCAUUUAUAAAGAACCCUUCAGUUAUAAUAAUUAUUAAUUUGUAAAAAAAAAAAUCACCUGGCAGUUAUUCUUCCUACUCAUAAUGACUGUUUUAUGACUAAACUAAUAUUUACAAUAUAUAAUUUACAAGUUAUUAAUGUUUAACAUAAUAUUCAUUUGAUUGUGCAAAUUGUUCUUUUUUUAUAAAUUAAGUAGAAUUUCUAGCUGCCUACAUAUAACUAUGUAUCAACAAAAAGCCUUAAUAAACUUUUACAAGAUCUAUCUGCAACUAGAUCUUACUAAGUCUCAACCAUUCACAGGAUCUACAGAUUUUCACCUUUCAUAUACACAUCAACACAGUCUGGUUGUUAUAUUAACACAAUUGUACAUAACAUUAAAAAAAAAAAAUAAAACAAAAGAAAAAAAAA